UUAUAUAAUCUCGUUCACAUAUAAAACACCGAGCCGUUCUUUACUUGUGUAACAUUUGUCGUCAGUGGUUCGUCAGUUUAACAGCAACUACGUAUAUACGGUGAAGUUUGCCCUAGACGAAAAAAGCCAUGGGUGUGCUGAAGGAAAUUGUUCUGCUAGCUGUUCUGGCCGGUGCGUGUGUGGCCAGACACGUGGCCAAGGAGCCGGAGUUCUGCCGACACCUCGAGUGCCCAAAAUACACGAUGGACUACCAAACAAAGGAUUAUGAGAAGCGAAGCUACCCAUUGUCGAUGUGGGUCAGCACCACCAUCAUAGGCGUUCACUACGACAAGGCAUCGCAGGAGGGUUUUGAUAAGCUCUUCUCGUACAUCAGCGGACACAACUCAGAGAAUAAGAAGAUAGCAAUGACCGCCCCUGUGAUCGACCGAGUUAUCCCUGGUCAGGGGCCAGACUGCGCCGAUAACUUCACUGUGUCCUUCAUGGUUCCCUUCGAGUUGCAGCCGAACGCGCCCCAGCCCAUGGAUAAGACAGUGUUCCUGUCGACCAUUCCAGCCCACCAAGCUUACGUCAGGUCUUACCCAGGUUUCUCGAACGAAGCCAAGUUCCUGUCGGAAGCCGAAGCCCUAGCUAAUGCUCUGAACGCUACCCAAUCGUAUGAUAGCAGCUUCUACUACACGGCCGGCUACGACAGUCCCUUCACUAUUCUGGAACGUCACAACGAGAUUUGGUUUUUCGCGGUGUAAAAUCGGAACAUCAACAUUCUGUGGUGGCCGAGUCAAUGUUGAAGUGUUUUGAUUUUCCAAGAGGGGUUUUAAUUUAAGAACUUCAAUAUUGACAUCAAAUUUAGCGAACUAUUUGUAUAACUUUGAAUAAGUCUUUAGGCACCUAGAUUUGCUGAGGUACGUUCAUCAAAAUAAACAAGGCAAAAGAUUGGUAGUAAGCUGGUAUAGUCAAGAUUCGCAUUUAUACAGGUAUAUUUAAAAAAAAAGUGUCCGUCAAGCAAUUUGUUUUAAUAACUACAAAACCACGAAGUAAGUUUUGAAAAUUUUUGAUUGUGCAUGUACUCCUUAUCCUUAUAAUUAGUAGAGUAAUUCUUAUGCCUAUAUAUACAGACUAGGAAAAAGUAAAGAAAUAAUACAGAUAGUGUAAAACAAGUUGUAGCCAUGAAGAAAUAAAUAUGUGAUGAUUUAAAAGUUGUUGGUACACUAAAGAAGCCGAAACUAUGUACAAGGGAGUGUCUAUACAAUCCUACACUGUUUGUUUGGGGAAAAAAAUCAACAAAAACUAGGUGAUCAUCAUAUGUAAAAUCACAAAGAUUAAAACAAAAGUUGGGAUUUUACGCCAAAAACAUAAAUGUGUACUAACAGUGAAUUUACUUUAAGCUGUAUAGUAGUCUUGAGGUUACGAUCGUCACUGGCGAAGCAGUAGGGGCGUGGUUUUAUGUAUUAGGGGGACGUGUUACAGUCUUUUGGCACUUUCAAAUUAAAGGCGAGCAAUGUGGAAUUGAAAGCGAGGUACAAUCUUCGUUUUUGAAACUUGUGCGUAGAAAUGAAAGCAUUGAAUUAAAGUUCACCACAAAUCAUUACCAAUCUA